AUGGCCGAGGGCCGAGGCGGCAGGGGUGGCGGCCGCAGCGGCCGCGGCGCAGGCAGAGGGGGCGACGGCGCGUCCGCCGCCGGGCUCCCGAUCUUCUGCCGGGCCCGGUACUUCGUCCGCGGCGCGGGCGUGUACUCCGUGCCGCUUUGGGACCUCACCUCCCGAUGGAUGCCGGAUGAGCUGAAGCAGUACGCGCGCGAGGCCCCAGCCAGAGGAAGGCAGGCGGUGCCGACGGCGCGUCUGCCCCCGCGCCGCCGCCACGCGGCGGCGGCGGCGCGGCCGCCGCCGCCGAGGCCUGGGCCGCCGCGGACGGCGGGGCGCCUGACGACGGACAGGCGGCGGACGCGGAGGAGCCCCGCGGCCGCCGCCGACGGCGGCGAGGGCAGCGCCAGCGACAGCGAGCAGAGCGAGAUCGCGUGGGAGGGGCUGCUGGGCAGCGAGAGCCGCGUGUGGUCCAGGGCAGGCGUGCAGGGUGCCCUUGUGCUGAUGCGCCAGGCCCUCCAUGCCUGGUCUGGCCGGAGGUCGUCCAGGGCCGAGCCCGAGGCGCUGGAGGCUGCCGUCGCGGACGGCCCCAGCGCGGAGAGCUAUGGGCUGGGCGUGUGCUCGUGCCUCUUCGCGCCCGAGGCGAUCGUGGACGGCGCGGACGCGCCGCUGGACCGCCGGUUGGUGGAGGGGAGGGCGGGGGGCAGGGCCUUGCCUGGACUGGGCCCCGCGCAGGAGAGGAUCACGGAGGAGCUGGAGGGCGGGGCGGACCCCGCCGCCCGCGACUCGAAGGGUCGCGUGCCGUAUUUCCUGUGCCCCACCCAGAAGGCCCGCGACGCCUUCCGCCGCUGGCGGGGCGAGAACGAGGACGAGUGGGACUGGAGCGCGGCACAGGUGCCAGAGGCCCUCACGGACGAGGUCGAGCAGAGGAAGAAAGACAAGGACAAGGAGAAGAAAAAGAAGCUGAAGGAGAAGCAGAAGCUCGCGAAGGCCAAGGCACGCGAGGAAGACGAGGAACGAGCGAGGCGAGAGGAGGAGGAGGCGCGGGCGCUGGCAGCCGCGCAGGCAAAGUGCGAGAGCUGCGCGAAGCCCAUUGUCAGUAAGCCGUUCGCUCGCCUAGACUAUCUUUAUUGCUCGGCGGAGUGCGUCAGCGCGCACCGCCGGGAGCUGCAGGCGCAGGCGGCCAUGAAGCGUUUCGGCGGUGGCAGCUGA